CGUCUGGCGAGAAGUUCAAGCUGUACCUAUCACCGAUCCUGAGAUUUGAAAAGUUCACGAGUUCACUGCUGAUAUGGGGAAAGUUGGUAGUCAAAUCGACCGGGGCCGAAGAGUACCGAUGCAGAAGCCGAUGCGGGAGAGAGCUUGCCGACCACCUGCCGUAUCGCAAGGCCGAAGCUAUCGACUCCACCGACCCCUCCGAGUGACCUUGAACAUCAAUCAGGUAGGAAAAAACAUACGCUUUUGGUUCUCAUCCAGUACAUUCUUCUCAAACAUCUUUCCUAUCGAGUCUUCCCAGUACAAACGUUCAAGUCAAGCACCUUCAAUAUCAAUUCUACCGCCAUGGGCUCCAUCCUCAUCAUCAACGGACCUAACCUCAACCUGCUCGGCACCCGCGAGCCAGCAAUCUACGGCAGCGAGACUCUCUCCGAUGUCGAGAGCUCUGCAAAGUCUCUCGCUAGCAGCCACGGUCUCACCCUCGAAACCUUCCAAUCUAACCACGAAGGUCACAUCAUCGACCGCAUUCACCAAGCCGCUGGUUUCGGUCCCAAUGGCGACGGCAAGAAACACGUCGACUGGAUUAUCAUCAACCCUGGCGCCCUUACACAUACUUCUGUUGGCCUCAGAGAUGCCUUGACGGGAGUCAGCAUUCCGUUUGUGGAGUGUCAUAUUAGCAAUGUUCAUGCGAGAGAGGAGUUCAGACAUAAAAGUUUCUUGAGCGAUAAGGCGGUUGCUGUCAUCGCUGGAUUGGGCACUUUUGGUUAUACCGCUGCUGUUGAUUUUGUCGCAAAGAAGAUCAAAGCUGGAAAGUAGAUUUGGUGGAUUUCCUAGCCGAAUAAACUUCCAACGAAAAGAUAAUUGGAGGGCCUAUAGAGCUCAUGUGAUGGAUUCCUCUCUCCGAGCCUCUGUGUGAUCAUAUGCAUUUGUCAUUGAAGCAUCUCAUCAUCAUUGGGAGCAUUUCUGAGGGCCUCUACAAUAACCCCGCUGCUAUGUUAAAGAUCAGGGCUCUCUCUGAAUUGCGUCACAUCACACUCGGACAGCCAGAGGUGGACGGGGUUAGCAAGAGAAGAUUCGAGUCCCAGCCGGCUUGAGAAAAGACUAUGAGAAGGCCAUGGAGAAACUAUUGAGGCUAUGUGAUUUUCUUGCUCUCCACGGCAUACCCACAAGACGUAUGUGGAGGCAUUAUUACAACGG